AAAUAAACAUUUUCCACCACAGCGUCCCCAUCAAAACGUCCACGACGUUUUUUCCUUCCCUGUUAUUAAAACCCUUUCUUCAAUAAGAGUAUGAGCGGUCGAAGUGUUUCGCCUGUACGUAUUCGUUCGCCCUCACGAUCUCCCUAUGAGGAUUGUCCAAGAACUCCUCCUCUCCGGAGCUAUGAUGGCGUCAAUCGCUCACGGUAUUCCUCUCCCGAACGUCCUCCGCGCAGUCGUUCCCCUUACCGUGGCCGAUCGCAUUCCCGGUCUCGGUCGCCUCGCUCUCCUCGUCCACCUCGCUCACGUUCACCCCGCUCACGUUCUCACUCACACGGUUCACGAUCGCCGCCCUACAGAAGAGAAAGUAGCAGUCGCUCGUAUCGGCGCCGUAGUAUGGAUCGUCAUGCCAGUCGAUAUCCUUCUCGAUCCCCGUCACCUAGACACAGCAGACGAUCGCGGUCGCCUCUACGCCGCUAUCACUCACGUUCCGUUUCCCCGAGACGAAACAGUCGUCCCGGUUUCUCUCAAAACAAAGACGCUCGAGUUUAUGUCGGCAAUCUCUCCUUUGACGCCACUUGGCGCGACUUGAAGGAUUUUAUGAGAGAAAUUGGUCCAGUAGUGCAUGCCGAUAUAUUGACUUUGCCUGGAACGAGAAAAUCAAAAGGCUGCGGCAUAGUAGAAUAUCGGUAUUCUGAGGAUGCGCAGAGAGCUAUACGCAAACUACAUAAAGUCGAUUUCAUGGGAAGACCUGUGUUUUUACGAGAGGAUAGGGAACAUGAUCACGUUGGUCCGCCCAGGGAAUCUCGCGAUGUGCCCGAUGAUUGUAGGCUAUUUGUCGGAAAUCUUCCUUAUGCUGCCAGCUGGCAAGAUAUGAAAGAUCUUUUCAGAAGAGCUGGACGUGUUAUCCAUACGGAUAUUCACACUGAGCCGAUGUCGCGAAGAUCCAAAGGAACGGGUAUUGUCAUUUUUGACAACCCGCAUGACGCUCGUGCUGCUAUCGACAUGUUUGACAACUACGAAUGGCAAGGUCGGCGUCUGGAAGUGGUAGAGGAACGAGAUGCUCAUAACCGACGACCCGUUCCAAGACCUGAUAUUCGCGACAGUAGAGAGGUCGUGCCACCUCCCAGAACUGUUGUUGACAAUGAUACGGGAUAUCCGGCUGUACCCCCGCCGCCACCCAAUGUGUAUGCUGCUGAACGAUAUCCGCCAAUGUACGACGGGCCCCUAUAUCCACCUAUGCCACCGCCUCCGCAUUUUGACCCAUUAUCUGUCAGUGUUGUGGGAGGACCUGGUGCAGCAUUACCUAGUCAUGGUCCGAAUCAGAUUUUUGUGAAUAAUUUGCCUUUCUCCACAACAUGGCAAGAUCUUAUUGAUCUGUUCCGCCAUGUGGGGCCUGUUGUUCGUUCGGAAAUCUUACUAAUCAAUGGUCAACCCAAAGGGGCUGGGCUUGUGCGCUUUGAGAACUUUGUCACUUGUGAGCGCGCCAUCGAUAAAUUCAAUGGCUAUUUAUAUGGUGGCCGAUAUUUAGAUAUCCGUAUUGAUAAAUUCUCUGCGCCAGCGUAAAUUCAAGCAUUAUUUUCAUAGCAUAUACGUCCUAUACUUUCUCUUUCUUAUGAUGUUCGGAAGAAGGAAGAUCCAAAAUAAAGGAACCCCACAUCUAUUACAUAAUGCGUAUGUUCUUUUCAUUCUCUGUUGUCUCUGUUUGGAUGGCAUGCAGAGAUACAAAGUUAAAGUCUUUGAC